GUAGCGCUGAGUGAGGUAGUCUAGCGGCGGUCCCUGCCAGUUUGAAAUUGGAAUGGGUUGAGUAAGCGGGCGAGUGAGUGAGAAAGAAAAAGAGUUUUUAAGUCUUCUUUAUGGAUUGAACGGAUGGUCUGGGCCAAAGAGUAAUAUAGGCAGAAAAAAUAUAGCAUAAAGGAGGGAAAAAGGGGGAAAGGAGGAGAGGUAAAUGCAAGAAGAUGGAAGGAGAAAUCGUGAAGGGGAAGAGAGACGAGCCCCCGUUUUUCACUAGAUUUUCAUCUGUUUCCUUCAGUUCAAGUUUGGCGGGGGACAGGAAUGGAGCGAUCUGAAUGAAACGAAAGGAUUGAUGAAAUAAGGAAAGGGUUUUGUUGGGGGCUGGAAGUUCGCAGGACACUGAUUUGUGCAUUACGAGUUUUGUUACAAAUUCCAUAGUAUUAGUAUGGUGAAGUGAACCUGUAAAUAAGUAUUCAAUGACAGUUAGUGGAAUGUGGUGUAGAUUAGACAGUGGUAUAUUGAUUUUUAAUUAGCGGUGUCAGCAUUUUGGAACGUUUUAUUACAGCAGUGCCUAUACCUGAAUUAGGCCUUAAUGCGAUACAUGACGUGUGAAUGUGAGAUUGUACAGUGAUAUCACGUCAUUUCAUUCCAGUUGUUGGAUAUUUGCAAAGUGUUUGUGUGACAUGUGUUGCUAGCUGUGGAACAAACCCGGCAUGUCCUAACUUCUCUAAGUGUGUGUAUGACACGAUCUACGCUGUCUCCUCAGAUCAUCGUGUGCCCGGAGUAACUGACCUUUCAGCUAUACAGCUGUCUACCUUCUCUACUGUUGUAAACAAUCAACAAUACAGGAAGUUUCCGGUACUUUGACACAAGCAACGAUUUCUGGAAACUGCUGUGCGGUCACUGAUGAAGUUGAACACAGCUGUCACUUACCGGUUCCCGGUUGGACCUGCUGUUUUGGUGUAUUGGACCCUGAGGUAGUUCUCAAUUUGCCCAAGGACCAAUGCGUAUAAUCGAAAUGAUGUUCAGUGAUGGUCAAUAUUAAUCAUGUGUUGUUUGACACGUUACACUGCCACAAGAAUGCCUUGAAGCGGUUGCCAUAACGCUGCACCAGCUGCAGUGAUGUCAACUUUAACCUCUCCGCCACCCCCUUCCGCUGGUGGGCCGUCGGGACCGGCUUAUAGCUUACAAGAUGCCAUCUGCCGGCAAGUGCAGGAACCAUCACAAACAUCGCACUGCCACGGCUCUGGGGACGAUGAGGACGAUGCCUGUCCGAGCCCAAAAGGUCGAGCAGUGGACGUCAUGUUGUCAACAUCAGCACACCAUCAACAAAAUGGCGACGAUGAUGGUGGCUCGGUUACUUCUGGUGAUAAACAAGACGGGUUUUCUACGACUGAAGAGCGAAAUAAUUAUGAGAAUAUGAUGGAACAAGAUUACGACGAGGAAAUUACGGAUUCUGAAACGGAGGAAGAUGAGAACGAGAAUGAUUCGGAGGUUAUAAAUUGUAUAAGUGAGGAUAAUGCCAGCUCGGAUAUUACCAUGGCCACAACAACUGUUACAUCAUCCACGGCUAACAUUUUAAAUCAGCCGCCUAAAAGGAACAAACGUAAAAACUUUGAACCUCGUAAUAUUUCCUUGUAUGCAGGCGAAGACAACGAUGCUGGUGAUAAGACGUGUCAGGUAGAAGGUGGCGUUGAAUGUGAUAGUGAUGUAGACAUGGCUGUAGAUGAAAAUGACAGGCUAUUACAUAAACCUUUAGAUCUUAGUGAAAAUUCUAUUCCACCAUCAUCACCCAGGCUCCAAGGAAGUUCAAACACAAACGGCAAAAGGAGACGAAAGCCAGUGAUAGCGCCUCAGAGGCGUGUGAACCAAUCUAACGUGUCUUCCGGUCUUGUGAUGGGCGCGCCGAUUGAUCUGAGCUUCACUCGUAACGCUCAUAGUGAAAACAACGACGAAUCGUGUGGGGAAGAGGGUGAUGAGCAAAAUAACAGUGAUUCUGGUUCCGGUGGUGGUGACGAUCGAGCUAUCGAAACUAGGGGUGACAAUCUUCACCACCACCGCAACCUCUUACAUAUCUCAAAUAACGCAAAUCCAACUGAAGGCCAUGCUUUAGCAAAUGAAAGACUUUAUCAUCAAAGACAUUAUAUUGAUAGUAAUGGUACCAGUUAUCAUCUUUUAAAUAAUCAUCACAAUCAGCAGACACUGUGUGGAGAUCGGGUACGCUAUUCUCCAAAUUCACAGCAUCGAGGCAAUGAAUCUCGACAGCAGUGUUCACCUCUAAGCAGUCUUCAACAAGCUGCUCAAUCGUUGGGCUUUCAUCAUCAUUUUCCUCCCGGCCUGACUGCAGAGCAACUUAAUCAUUAUCACCACCAUCACCAUCCUCAACAAGGCACCGAUGCCUCGGCCAUGAAGGAAUAUGCAGAGAACACGAUGAAAGAAUUGCUUAGCAUAUACGGUCUGAACAGCCCGGACAUGGCCGAAACCAUCACCAAGAACGUCCCCAUCGCAAACUUCUCUUCUGGUAAAAUUCUGGAGACGUUAUCACCGAAACAUCAUCCAUCUUCACACCAUCGUCUGAAUCCUCUCAGUCUAACUGUUCGACCACCUCCAAGUCCACCCUCACAACCUCCUACACCGCCAAGAACUCCGCUAUCACCCCCACAUCAUAAGUCCAGCAACAGCCCUCUACCCCCACAUCACUCCCAGCAGCAGCAGAUGUCUGCUUCUGCGCAGUCGUCAAGGUCACCACAGAUGGCACAACAGUCGCAUAACCAACAUGGCGAACACCAAGCAGCUGCUGUGUACGAAAGUCUUCGUCACAAAAUGGCAAAGCUUGCUGGAUUAAAUACGGAUUCAAUUAUCGGAAAUACCAGGGUGAUACUACCUCAAAACAUGGCCACCAUACUGACAUUGGCCGCACUGCAAGACCAAGAAACGAAGGCUGGGGGUUCUGCCCCUCCACAUCAUGGAGCUCCAUCCACGCCCCCUGCAUCGGGGUUAGUCAUUAUGGAUCCCACGAAAGGCGGCGGCGUGUUGCCAGGCCACCGUGUUUCUCCCAUGAGCCCUGCAAGGGAUGGCAGCAACAAUGCGAAGGCAGCUGUACCAAUAGACUAUUCCAGAUAUGUCAAGAGGUUUGGAAGUGCUCUGGAGUGUGGGAGCACGUACUGCAAGGAUCUCAGUUACAGGGAACACUUCCACUGCCUCGACUGUAAUUCGCGGGUCUUCGUCAAGAAGGAAGAAAUGAUCCGGCACUUUAAGUGGCAUAAGAAGCGAGAUGAGUCUCUACAGCAUGGCUUCAUGAGGUAUUCACCAAUGGACGACUGUUCCGAUAGAUACAGGGGCUGCAGUCAUAAUCGCAAGCAGACUCACUACCACUGCAUCAAGGAGGGUUGUGACAAGGUGUACAUAAGCACUUCGGAUGUUCAGAUGCACGCGAACUACCAUCGUAAGGACUCCGCCAUCAUCCAGGAAGGGUUCCAGCGAUUCCGAGCAACUGAGGAAUGUGGGGCAGCUUAUUGUUCGUUCUUUGGUCAACGAACCACGCACUUCCAUUGUAGGCGAGACAACUGCAAGUACACCUUCAAGAACAAGGCUGAUAUGGAAAAGCACAAGACGUACCACAUCAAAGAUGAGCAACUGAGUCGAGAUGGAUUUAAGAAGUUCAUGAAGCAUGAAAUGUGCUCCUUUGAGAGCUGUAGAUUUUCCCGUGUUUGCAACCAUAUCCAUUGCAUCCGCACAGGUUGCAACUACGUGCUGCAUUCCAGUGGACAGCUCUUCAGCCACAAGCGCAAACACGAGCGUCAAGACUCGGAAAUGGCCUAUCGCAAAUUCAAACUUGCUCAAAGUAUGAUGAAAACUUUUGCUGGAGGUAGUGACAGUUCUCAACCCCCACAACUUAGUCCAAACAUGCUUCAAGCAUUCAAUGACCAGUUGAGUCAGCAGCCUGAUGGUUCACUUAGCUCGUCAAUGCCAACAUCAGUAAUCCAGCAGGGGCCAAGCUCAAUUAAUACUGGUGCAUCAGGUUCAACACAGGAAAGCAGUCAACCUCACAGCAAUGGCGAGACAUCAAGUGAUGGCGGUGGCGGGCAGUCCCCCACCAUCAACAUUCCUCCAUCACCUUUUCCAACAAAAUUUGGACAUCCUUUUGCGGGUAUUGAGGGUCCUGCUGGUGGUAAUGGUGGCCCACACCCUUCUCCACAAUAUGCAGUGCAUCCACUUUCACAUGAGCAGUCUAUGUCAGCCAUGGACCUUAGUAGCGAGUUGUCAUCAGUUUCGGCAACGGCAAACUCGGUCCCUCCCUGGGCCAGUGAAGAUUUCUGGCAAAAGUACUUGGCAAGGUCUGAUGCAACUGACAAGUGUGCUGGGGGUGGACAGUGUGAGAUGCUGUUUAAAGAACAUUACCACUGCUUGGCUGAAGGCUGUGAAAUGAUUUUCAGGUCCAUGGAUGGAGUUAGAGAACAUGCCCGCAAUCAUGAGCAACAGGAACAAGUGAGUGAAAUCUUCUACAUCACAGCAGAGGCAAUACAAGAAGGACCUAACUGCCAGUGUGAGGAGGAUUGUCCAUAUCAGGGCAAAGAAAAGCACUAUCAUUGCACAUGGGACAACUGUCGAGAAGUGAUUCUUCCCUCUGACAAACCAUUCAGGCGAUUGGAUCACUACAAAAUGCAUGAGUAUUCACGUAAAUUAAGCCUAACCAAGGACCCACUUACUAUGACUCACCUUGCUACCUCAAUUGAUGGCAUGUUCCGGAGAAAGAGAGGUCGUCCACCCAAGAACAGAGUCAUUGAGGUGUGGAAUGAUUAUUUUCCCAUGGCUCCUGGUUCGGCAUUGGAUUCUCCUCAAGCCAUCUUUACAAGCUUCAAGCUUCCCAAGCCCUCUGUCAUGUCAUCUGGUGGAGGAUUUACAGGUCCUGGGCUGAUACAAACUCAGCAUACAGAACAGGGUCAAGGGAGCAAUCCAGGAACUUCACCUCCAAGUCCAGAAGACAGCUCCAAAAGCUCCACCCCUCAUCGGCUUGAUCUCCUACAAGAAGGGUUCUACUCAUUUCCUGAAGGGACACCAUGUCCAGAUGCACUGUGCCCAUACAACACCAGGUGUCAGCACUUCCACUGUAGUCAGCCACGCUGUUUCUAUGUCACUGACCGUGAGGAUAUACUCAUCAUGCACUCCAAAGAUUUCCAUGACAACAUUGACAUAAUGGACGGGUUCCUUUUCUUUGACCGGACUGUUGAUUGUCGUCUCCCAUCCUGCCAUAGUAACAGAGUAAAUCGGCACUUCCACUGUGUACGACCAGGCUGUGGAUAUUCAUUUGUGCGUUAUUCUACCAUGGCCAUCCAUGAGCAGAAACAUCGUAAUGGUGGAAAUGGUGGUGGUAUGGAGGAGGCUAAUGAAGCUGCUCCAGAAACAUCCAGUUCUCAUCAUCGAGGUUGUGAGUCACCAAUACUAACAGGCAGCCAGAGUAUGAAGAAAGAACCAGCAGUCUCUCCAGUCCACAUCAAGUCAGAGGGAUCUGGUGCUGAAGGUUCAUCUUUGUCACCCACUGCUGGCUCCCCAGUUCUUAUAAGGACACCCCAGAUGUCUGCUCCAUCACCAGAAUCAUCAACAAACAAAACCACAGUGGUGAAGGCUUCGGGAACUUUUUACCCGCUGUCUGCGUUUUCGUGUGGUGGUGCUGGUACGGGUUUGAAUCCUGGUUCCUCCUCUUGCUCAUCCUCUUCCACAUUGCUGGGGAAGGUGGGUGGUAUAUCCAGAUCAUCCAGGGGGACUUCCCCUUCCCCUCCAUCCCCUCCUCAACCUCGUUGUGGUGCCAUCAUCACCGUGCCAAACAACGAAACGUCAUCAGAACGCAGGAACAGACAGCAUUCUGGAACAGAUGUGAAGAGUGAACCUACUGGGUCUGAAGGAGGGUCUCAGCAGUCAUUGUCUCGUCUCCUGCGACAGCAGUCUCAGCAACAUGACAUGGUUUCAAGGCCAGACUGGAUGCCACUUGAACGCCAUAUCCGUUACGGCCCUGAUCAGGCCUGCAGCCGCCCAUUCUGCAAGCUAAAGAGGAAGGAACAUUAUCAUUGCAGUACUUGUUACCAGGCUUUCUCAGAGUUGGACCGUCUGCGGCCCCACAUUGCUAAACAUAGCAGUGGUGCCCUUAGUCCCUCAGUUGUUAAGAAGGAACCAGAAGACAAUAACAAUGACGAAAGUAAUGAUUCCACAAAUAAUGGUCCAGGAGGUAUACAUCCCUAUGAACAACAAAAUCUAAGCUCUGAGAUGCCACAAGGCCCUGGAAGUGGGUUGCCUCCACCUGGAGUAGGACUGCACCCUUCAGUUUUCCCACCACACUCCUCUCCAUCUUCAUCUGCAGCUGCAGCUGCCAGUUUCAAUGCUGCAAUGGCAGCUGCAGCAGCUGCUGGACAGCAGUUUGCUCUCAUAACGUCACAAGGCAUCCCAUUCAUCCAGCCAGGCAUCCCUGCAAUUUACUCUUCACCAGCUGGGUUGAUGUUUGCUGCUGCUCCUGGGCUUCAUCCAGCUCAUGCUCACCCAGUAGCCCUCCAGAGCAAUGGUUUACUUGACCAUCAUGCUCUACUGAAUGCUGCAGCAGCCAGCACAGAACAAGCUGGUCAGACACCAAGCCCUGAACAGCAUCUUGCUGGUCUGAACAAGCGAGUCAUGUCACCUCAUCCAUCCCAUCAUCCUCACUUGGACAUGAGCCCUGAAGCCAAAAAGGCUCGAGUGCAGAACAGUAUGAGGAUACUCAAAGAUGAGCCAGUGCCAGAAGGUUACAUUCGCUUCAGGUUUAAUGAAGACUGCAAAUACCCUCACUGUGGUUACCGGGAACACCAGACACACUUCCACUGCAUGCGGUCUGACUGUGGCUAUAGCUUCUGUGACAAGACACGCUUUGUCCAGCAUACUGCACGCCAUGAGAGGCUUGAUACACUCAUGGGUGGAGAUUUUCAACAGUUUCGGUCCAAUGUGUCAUGUGGUCGGCCAGAGUGUGUAUAUACUUCCACACUAGGAGCCAUGCAGAAUAAAGCAUCACAUUUCCACUGUUUAAAGUGUGAAUUUGUGUGCACCGACACUAACAAAGUGGUGGCUCAUCGACGCCAACAUCAGAAACUAGAUUCCAUCAUGGCUGCUGGAUUUGAGAAGUUUGCAUCAACUCAGCCAUGCAACAUGGAGUCGUGUGCUCAUUCUGGUAAGCAGACACAUUAUCACUGUUUGAGCUGUCAGUACGCAGUACUUGGACUCUCCCAGAUGUCUGCACAUAAGUACCGUCAUAUGGAGUGAAGUGUACCAAGUCAUGCAUUAUCUCAGGUAAAACAGAAAUUGUGUCUAGUAUCAGUAUACUGGAAAUAAUGAAGUCAGGUCUUCUUAAAUUGCUCUUGGUAUUGUAUACUACUUUGCCUGUGUACAAAUAUUUGCAGUGGUCUUGAAUGGAACUGAAACAACUCCUUUUUAAUCUUUAUUAAUACACAAUUAUGAAAAGUAACAUUACGUUAGUAAUGUUUGUUUUAAGUUUCCAGUUUCCUAUAAAUUUCAUUGUCGUGUUGAUGCAUCAAGCAUGUUCUUCUGUUCAGAGUGAAUGUGUGUUCACUGAAAUACUUGAGCACCAAAGAAUAUAAAUUUUUUUUAAGGGUCAUCAAAAGUAAGAGAACUGUAUAUGUCACCCACUUCCAGGAUCCGGAUAUGAACAAAAAUUUGUGAUAGUAAAAGUUUUUUUUCGUUGUGUAUGAGGACACAGACACAACAGUGUGUUGGGUAAUGAAUGACAAACAAAAUCUUUGGUAAAGUUUUAAUAUAAAGAACUGUGAUGUAAUCACAUAAAAACAGAUGAUAUUAUUUCAUUGUACAUUGUACAGUCUGUGACAUUCAGAUUUCGAUAACACACUAUACACAGAUGUGUAUGUUUAUAUGCAUUACCACAGACUUGAGAUAAAACUGGAAAUAUAUCUUACAUAAUCAGUGUAAAUAGAAGCAGUAAAAACUCAGUGGUGAUCUUAGUGCAUUUAAAUUCAGAUUAUCUAAUACCUGACAAAGAGACUGGCAUUAUGUACAGAUGAUUGAAGAGGACCCGAAUAAUAUUAAUAAUAAUAAUAAUAAUUCAAGUGGAAGGUAGAAUUCGACGUUGAUUGUAUUGAAGUAAGUAAAGAUUACUAUGUAUUGCUCUGUUGAUGCAUAUUUCUCAUGUAUGCUUCUGUGUACAAGCUUCUGUCAAACCUCAUCAGGGAACUGCUGAUAUUGUGUAAAGCUGCCACUUAGUAUGUCACAAACUGAAUUCACUGCACAUGUGUGAUCUGGAUCCGCUUACAUAUCAUUGUACAAAAUUCCAUACACAAAAUGGUGUUUCUUUAUCAUUACAAUUUCUGUAUUUCAGUUAUUAAGAAAAAUGAUAAUCACCUCUAGGUCAAAACUGUCGGCAGCCAGUUCUGAAAGACUCGAAAGAAAAAUUAUUUAACAGAAUAUUUGACCUUUCUAUUGAAAGUUAGGUGUGUUUGUCAAUUGAGAUUUGUAAUGUGCAGUGUUAGAGCUCAAUAAAUUUUGAUGCUAUAUAAAUUUUCCAAAUGAAGGCACAUUUGUGUAAAGUGUUAUUUGAGACAUGGAAAAUCAAAGGAUUUUGUCGCUGUUUGAAAAAAUAAUUUUUGGAGUGCAAACAUGUUUUUAAAGAACAUUAAUUUGAAAUGUAUAAUGUGCAGUGUUUUAGGAUAAAAAGAUUUUCAUGUUGUUUACUAUAUAGACCUGUAUAUAGGUCUGAUGUUUUAAGUCUUUUAAUGUGAACAAUUCGUGAAACCUGUACACACUAUGGUUCAGUUUCAUUUGAAAUGCUAUAGACUGUAUGGCACAUGCCACUUUUCAGUGAACUUAUAUAAUGGAUAUUGUUGAUUCCAUUAACAUAAUUUAAAACAUACUACAGAUGUUUUCAGAAAAUGAAAAAUACCAAGUUUUGUUCUGUAUUAUAGGGGUAUGACCUACAGUAUAUGCAAAGCAGAAAAGUUAUAUAUUUUUAAUCUUAAAAAUGCAGGAAAAGAUUGAAAAUUAUUAAUUAUAAAAUAAAUAUAACAUCAUCUUAUUUGGCUAGAUGAAAUAACUGAGCUCUGUUCAGAAGUAAUCACAUGAAGAAGAGUAAAUUGUAACAUGAGCAGCUAAAGUAGAAGUUGUUCACUUCUAUGCACUCAGAAAGAAGAACUUGAGCAACACCUCUGCUUUUUAUCCAGAAAGACUGGACAGAGGAUGAAUGAACCAGAUGCGAAGUUUAUAGAAUUACACAGUCAGUAAGUAAUCCAAAAGGUUGAAACAAUCUGGGUUACAAUAUUAAAUAGUGUGAUAUUAUAUUUACAAAACCUUAAAUGAGGAGAACGAUCUGAACGAGCUACAUUGCUCGAUAAAUAUUUAAUAUAGUUGAUAAAACAAUGAGUAGGGAUCAAAAACAGAAGUAAUCUGUUUUCAAAGACAUAAGAGCAAGUUCUCUUUAAUUCUUGUAGUAUUACUAGUAAAUAUUACAGAAAAUAAUGAUAUAUGCCUUAUAAUUAGGAUUAGUUGAAGUAUUUUGUGUUUACAUAUACACAUAAUAAGAAUAAUAAUAUUAAUUGUGCCUUUAGGAAGAACAAUUCAGUAUGUUUGUGACACCAGGAGACCAUAUCUAGUUGGAUAGACUUUUUGAGUAGAUAGCUGUUGUGCCUUAAAGUAUGGAAUAUUGCUCUUUCUUUCCUUCUUCUUCUUCUGCUUCUUCCAGUGUAGUGCUUCUGUUGAUGAAUGGAACGUUCAGAGCUCACACAGGUGAUGUAGAUUUAAAUGAAAUGGCAUUGAGAUGUAUGCAAUACUGUACUUCUCCACUUUGAAUGUUAGUCAUAUUUUAAUUUUUCUCUCAUAAAUGAUGAAGCAUGAUUUUUUAACUGGAUGCCACAGUGAAAGUGUUAGUUAACAGUGGAUAUGAGAACAAGCAAACUGCACGAGUUCAAAAUUUUGUUGUUGAAUAAAUUUACAGUGUGACUGAAAGUUUUCAAAAAUGCUGGCCAACCUUCGAAAAAAUAAAUAGAGCAGUAUGAAUUUUGUAGCAUUUACAAUUCCUAAGAGUAAAUUUUAUAGUACAAAAUGUUUUAUAGCAUAUUUAAUUCUAAAUUUUCAUAGUAGUUGUCUCUUCCAACACAAAAUGUUGUUAUUCAAAAGAGAAAAAAUUGUUGAUUCACAAAUUUUAGUGCCUUAAAAUUUUUUAUCACAAGAUGAAUACCAGUAUAAUUUUCUAGUUAUAUUUCUAGGAAAAGGAAACUUAAGACUUUUUUAACAUUUAUUUAUAUAUACUUUGGCCACCUUUGUAUGAUAUUUCAAGAGAUAGCAUUCAUUUCUAAUAUUUUGGCAGCCAGCAUUAUUAACAGUUCUAGCCAGUGCUUUUUUAACUCAUGAUUUAACGCAUUAGAUCUAUCCCUAAUCAUAUUAAUUUCAUAUUGUAAGAAUGUGUAUUCUGUAUGUUCAUGAUCAGAAUACACUUUCUUAUGGAAUGUGAAAGAGAAAAUAUGGUAUCCAUGUGUUGGUGGUCCUAAACUUUUCAAAUGUAGAUGCAUUCCAAGUCGUAUAUUUUGUGUAAUUGAUUUUAAAUAUACAGAAAUAAGGUUGCCUAGUAUUCAUAAAUGAUUUUGAAAAUGAAGUGUGCAAGCAUUUUCGAAAUGUGCCAUAUUAUAAAAUGCAACACAAAUGUGCAGAAUAAACCAAUAUAUACUGUAUACAAAAACAAGAAUAAACCUAGUCUGCACUUAAUAAUCAUAUUAUACAUAUACAAGUAUGUAAUCACCACUGAUGGAAGAUGAGGAGACAAAAUGACGUUACUAUUAUUGUAAAGAAAACUGAAAAAUCAUGUCACUUUGUACAAAAAUAUCAUUGUUUCCUUUUUUGAACCCUAAAAGGGAUGGGAGAAUAGUUUUGUCCCUAUUAUUACACUUUUAUUUUCCCAUACUAUUUUAUUAUAAUUUGAAAAACAUAUGUUUGCUUACAAAGCAAAGGAAUAUUUUUUAAAUUGUAAAAACCACUUUAUUUUUAAUUAUUUUUAUUUAAUCACACAUGUGGUGCAAGCUGAAUGGAAAGUAACUGGAAACUAGUGUUUAAGACACUUUUUAAACCGAGACUGAUGGGUCUGUAUGGAAUCAGGUUGGUCAAAAAUAUGUUACCUCCUAUUCAGAAACACUCUCACUCUGCAUUUUUGGUGUUAUGAUGCUGAUAAGCCUUGUGAGAUUUUAAUUUUCAACUUCCAGACAACAUUGCUAUGUCUGCCUCUUAAAAUUACAGCUGAAUUAAAAUACAAACUCAUCUUGUAUUAUAUAUCACAAAGCUUAACAUAUAGAAAAGCUUGAAUAAUAGUUUCACAUAGCUGUGAUUUCUUUAAAGUAAAAUUACAAAAGUUUUAUUUAUACCUACCAACAUAGAAUGGGUGGACACUUUUUGUGUAAUUCAUCUUAAGUUAUGAAAAAUUACCAAAUACAGUAGAAGAUUUACAACAUUUAAGUUGUCUUACUUGAAAGACAAAAAUGUAAAUCUAUAAAUAUUACUUUCUCAAAGAUAGUGGUUAAGUUAAUAGAAUGUGAAUUCUUGGUGGGAAGUAACAUUGUGCUUAUUCUGCCAAUUAGAGAAAGUGAAGUUGCUUUGAAAUACAGAAUGAAGAGAGACUUGAAUGUGCACCUGCGACAUGAAACUUUUCCUUCUCAGUUGGAUAACAAACUUUGCACUCUGUUGUUCUUACCUGCUACAGGUGUGACACACUGGAAGGAAAGUACUUGUUGUGGACUGUGUAUAAAUUACCCAGGUUACUGGACAUAUAAUUUAAUGAGAAAUAUAUAUAUAUAUAUAUAUAAAAGUUCCAAUAAGGCACGUUAUAUUUUUUUUUUAUUUAAUAACUCAAGAUUGCUCUUAUAGAAACAACAUUUAAAGAGUACUUGACUGACAUAUGUCAUCAUACAACCGGCUCUGUGGAAGAACCCAGAAUCUUAUUGCACUGAAUUGUUACUGUCAUUUAUGUACCAGUUACUUCAAGAAACAAAAAAGGAGAAAUUGAUACAUGAUUAUGAAUUUAAAAAUUGUGGCUACACAUAGGUGGAACUUGAAUAAAUCUUUUGCAAUGUACACCA